ACAGACUUGCAUGCAUUUUUGUAAGCUUCCUGUGGGAGUAUUAAAAGGAUAAGUACUGUAAUUGAUGCUAGCUUCAUCAGCACUUGCUAUGUGUAAAGAGCUUGUGCUCUGUAUACAUGCAGAAUGCAACCUGUCCAGCAUGCAGCCUAUGAUCUGUCAUGUCCAUGCACCCCUUUGGUCCUAUAAAUACCAAACGCCUUCUCUUCUCCACUUCACCUCAAAACAACACUAACAAAUAGAGUUAGCUAGCUAGCUUCUUCUAUUAGCCAUGGCUCCUAAGUUGUCUUUGAUUAUCUUUACUUCUCUUCUGCUUCUCCAUAGCUGCAUUGCUUGGAGAAAUGACUUGCAGGACCAACAAGACUGCAACUUUGAACGCCUGAAUGCUCUAGAACCUACCUCCAGUAUUGAGUCAGAAGGCGGCAGGACCGAGUUCUUUAACCCUGAUCAAAAGCAGUUCAGGUGCGCUGGUGUGGCGUUUCUCAAACACACCAUCCGACAAAAAGGCCUCUUUGUGCCCUCUUACGCAAAUUCUGUACUCAUGGUCUUUGUUGAACAAGGCAAGGGAAUUCUUGGACUUCUGCUGCCCGGUUGCUCCGAGACUUUCCAGUUACCUGAUGAUGGUGAUUUGCACAUGAGGGUACAAAGAUUCAAGAAAGGCGAUUUACUCAUCAUCCCAGCUGGAGUUUCACACUGGAUUUACAACAAUGGUGAUCAGGAAAUCCAGGCUGUUGUUAUGUUUGACACCACCAACCGUGCAAAUCAGCUUGACAACAUUCCCCAGAGAUUUUUUAUAUUAGGAAAUUCACAAGGACAGCAAGAACAAGGACAGCAAGAACAACCACUCAUCCAACAAUUCCAAGGGGACAGUGUCCUAAAAGGCUUUGAUGUGAGGACUUUGGCGGAUGCAUUUAGGGUGAACCAAGAAGUGGCAAGUAAGCUUAAGGGCCAGAAGAUCAAACAAGGUCACAUUAUUAUAGUCGACAAGGAGCUUGAAGUCAUAAUACCCCAAAAGGAACAACAAGAAGAACAAAGCCAACAAGGGAGAGGGCAAGGCAACGGCUUGGAAGAAACCACCUGCUCGAUGAGAAUCAGGGAAAACCUUGAUAAAAUUGAGCGAGCAGAUUUCUUCAAUCCACAAGCCGGACACCUCAUCUCCCUCAACAGCCACCAUCUCCCCAUCCUCGGGGACGUUAGACUUAGUGCUGAAAGAGGUUUUCUCCGCAAGAAUGCUAUGGUGGCACCCCAUUGGGUCUUGAAUGCCCACACCAUCAUCUACCCGACGGAUGGAGAAGCAAGAAUCCAGAUUGUAAACAACCAAGGCAAACAGGUGUUUGACGGGCGCCUAAAGAAAGGACAGAUGGUGCUGGUGCCACAGAAUUUCGCGGUGAUGAUCCAAGCAGGAAGUCAGGGAUUCCGAUGGGUGUCGUUCAAGACCAAUGACAAUGCCAUGAUGACUCCUAUUGCAGGGAGGGGCUCAGUGUUCAGGGGACUACCAGUGAGUGUGUUGGCCAAUAUUCUCCAAAUCUCAGAGGAGCAAGCAUCGAAUCUGAAAUACAGCAAUGCUGAGACUAUUCUGUUCGCUCCACAACAACAAUCUCGGGUUGAAGACUUAGUUAGAAUGCUCAUAUAAUGCUAGAAAAUUCGGAUUCGGAUCCUUAAAUGUAACAUCAUGCAAGACAUAAUACUUUUUAGUUUUGAAUAAAACUACUAAUGAAAAAUU